AGCUCGCGUAAAGCAGGAAGUGCGGUCGCGCCUCCGUCCGUCCACAGACGAGAGACGAGGAGCGAAGGAAAUGCUAGAAAAGAGCUCGGGUAAUGCAUCGCUAAAUAAACCCACGGCGUCCUAACGACAGAGCGCAUAUUCUACAUCCGAGCGAUACGGGGAAACGGAGCUGUUUGCGAUCGACCGGGGAGCGAGAGAAGAUCGACCAGAUCACUGUGAGCUACAGUCCACACCUAUAACACCGGAGAAUACAAGAUCACAUUCCAAGACCCAUCUAACUUACAAACACAAACAUGAACACUCACGAGUCUGAGGUGUACACGGUGGCGCCGGAGAUGCCGGCGAUGUUUGACGGCAUGAAGUUGGCGGCGGUCGCCACCGUUCUCUACGUCAUCGUUCGGUGUCUAAACUUGAAAAGUCCGACAGCUCCGCCGGACCUCACUUACCAGGAUACGACGCUUAACCACUUCCUGCUCAAGUCCUGUCCUGUUCUGACCAAAGAGUACAUUCCUCCUCUACUGUGGGGUAAAAGUGGUCAUCUGCAGACGGCCCUCUAUGGAAAGCUGGGCCGGGUCAGUUCACCGCACCCGUUCGGUCUGCGCAAGUAUCUGCCCAUGCAGGACGGGGCCACGGCGACCUUUGACCUCUUCGAACCCCUGGCGGAUCACCAGUCCGGAGAGGACGUCACCAUGGUCAUCUGUCCUGGCAUCGGGAACCACAGUGAAAAGCACUAUAUCCGCACAUUUGUGGACCAUUCGCAGAAACAGGGCUACCGCUGUGCUGUGCUCAAUCACCUCGGGGCCUUGCCGAACAUUGAGCUUACCUCUCCUCGCAUGUUCACCUAUGGCUGCACAUGGGAGUUUGCAGCAAUGGUGGGCUUCAUCAAAAAGACCUACCCCCAGACCAAACUUAUCGUGGUGGGCUUCAGUCUGGGCGGGAACAUCGUGUGCAAGUUCCUCGGAGAGAACCGAACCAACCAGGAGCGGGUUCUGUGCUGCGUGAGCGUCUGUCAGGGAUACAGUGCACUAAGGGCUCAGGAGACGUUUCUUCAGUGGGACCAGUGCCGUCGCUUCUAUAACUUCCUGAUGGCCGACAACAUGAAGAAGAUCAUUUUGUCCCACAGGAGCGUGUUGUUCGGAGUGGGCUCCACUAAAAUGAUGGACGCCGAUCUGAGCCGGCUCUACACUGCCACGUCUCUCAUGCAGAUCGACGACAACAUCAUGAGAAAAGAAAGAGAACGUGAUCUUCGCCCUGACGCUGCACGGCGGACACCUGGGCUUCUUCGAGGGCGCCGUGCUGUUCCCUCAGCCCCUCACCUGGAUGGACAAGGUCAUUGUGGGCUACGCCAAUACCAUCUGCCAGUGGGAGAAACAGAAACCGCCGUGCCAAAGUCAAGGCGCCCACUCCAGCGAAACCAAAUGCCGAGACGCUCGAUCCUAACCGAUCCCGUUCCCCGUUUCCCCUCCACGCGCACACGAGGGGUCGGACCGCCGUCUCCGAAGCGUUCACUGUCAGUGGGAGUAUUUGUUUCUCUUUUUAUCGCGGUUUAUCAACGACAUGAAUCGUAAAGACUUUCCACGGGAGAAAACAAUGCCACUCGAUGACCAAAAAAAAAAAAAAAAAAAAAACCAGUCGAAUAACCUGUGUAGCGAGGGCAGCGUUUUAGACGUACUGUAGUUUGUAGUCCUUUAGAUACAAUCGGUAUCUCCUGCUCUCUAAUUAGGACACUGCUAGCGUAUCGCUGCUGAACAGGAUCUAGCAGAGCUGGGUGAACCUCACAAAAAUCUGUCAAAAAAAGGGUAUUUUUUGUAUGAUAUUAAGAGAAAAUAUUUUGCAUAUAUUAAAAGAAGCCUACUUUUUGAGACAAUUUAAAUAUUCAGCAUUUUCAUUCAAAUGUAAGCACUUUUUAUUCUUUUUUUGGGCUUUGUUUUCCAGCGUUAUUGGGGCUAUUUUCCUUUAUUUGGGUGCACUGACAAAAUACUUUAACUAACAUAAUAAAUCAACGUUAACGAAAGCCGGUGCAACAAAUACCUACAUUAUAAUUAAACGAGUGUUAUUUUAGGACCUCGAUGCACAAAUGUAACAAAACGAGCUUAAUUUCCGUCAGAAAAAAAAAAAAAAUAAUAAUAAUACCAAAUCCCCUUGGUUUUUGGAUUGAAAUAUGAUCCAGGCAUGCUCUAGAUCGGGUUUUGUGAGAUUCAUCCAGCGGGCUUUUUAAAACGACACGCAGACCUUACUGUACACAUAACACACGAGUUUAUGGGAAGCGAGUGUUACGCGGGCACCGUGUGCUUACUGAUACGACCGGCGCGCUGUUCGAGUGAAUAUUGUCGUUUGAUGUUUGGGUUUUCGGUCUGGUAACCGUCAAAGCACAGGCUCGUCUUUUUAAACUAACUAGACCUCCUCGAGUACACCGUAGUGUAAAACCUCACGGCUCGUGAAGCCUUGCCACAUUCCUAGUCGAUGCGUUUUUGUUUUAGCACUUUUAUACGACGUUUGCCGCGCGAUCCGUUAUGUCUUCGUUUGGCGAUUUUACGGAGACUAGCCGACGAGGUUAAAAUCUGGAUACGAGAGGGGAGAGAGGAGGCCUCGAAUGAACCCCGUGAUCCCUCACGGUGACCGAAAACGCCUCCGUCGCCCCCAAACGCUACUACGACAGGUCCCCUCCCGCCGAAGGACGGCGCCGCAUCGGCCGGCGUCUCUGGAGACGCGGUGAAGUUGGUAGAUCUAGACUGUGUAACGUGUUGAUUCGGGACCCAGUGGGAGACGACUUCCUGGAGCACGUCUGUGAAAACUGGUUACUUUAAAAGGGAUUUGUGCUGUUGUAUCGUUUUAGUUUGUUUUCUUGUUCGUUUUCAUUUCGCUGUUUCGUGCAAUUACUUGAUGCGUUUUUGUGUUUCUUCUUGUAACCCGUUUAAUGAAUCUAACGCAGAGGGGGAAAUUUAUAUUUGUAUUUGAAGGGGACGUUAAAACGGCGUUUCCAAAGGCUCGUAACAGAAAAAAUAAAUAAAUGAAUAAAAAAAACUUUAACUCGGCAGUUUAGACCAAUUAGACUUUAUUUGUUUCAGGGAAGCUGUCAUGCAUAAAAAUCUCACAAAAUGAAAUGUCCAGGUAAUAUUUCA